UCUCUCUUAUUUGAUAUCAGAGAGCCCAAUGGAGCCUGCUGAAGUACCCAGUCAGAUUAGCAAAGAUAAUUUUUUAGAAGUUCCUAACUUACCCGAUUCUGCGGGUGAAGAUGAAGAAGUUAAAACCACCUUCAGACCUGGCUUCUCCCCUCAACCAAGUAGAAGAAGUUCUGAGUCUUCGGAAGACAUGUACCUGGACAAUUCAACUUCAGGUACCAGAAGGGUUUCGUUUGCCGACACCUUUGGAUUCAAUCUUGUGUCCAUUAAAGAAUUUGAUUCUUGGGAAUUACCGAGUGUUUCCACAGAGUUUGAGUUAAGGAAGGAUAUUUUUCACACAGAAGAAUAUAUUUUAUCUCCACUCUUUGACUUGCCCUCCUCAAAAGAAGAUCUUAUGCAACAGCUUCAAGUACAGAAAGCAAUACUGGAGUCAACUGAAUAUCCUCCUGGGUCGACCAGUAUGAAGGGUAUUAUUCGAGUUUUGAAUGUUUCUUUUGAGAAGUUAGUCUAUGUGAGAAUGUCGUUAGAUGACUGGCAGACAUAUUAUGACAUUUUAGCCGAAUAUGUUCCUAAUUCAUGUGAUGGUGAAACUGAUCAGUUCUCCUUUAAGAUUUCACUGGUUCCUCCUUACCAAAAAGAUGGCAGUAAAGUUGAGUUUUGUAUACGUUAUGAAACUUCUAUUGGUACAUUUUGGUCAAAUAAUAAUGGCGCAAAUUAUAUAUUGCUUUGUCAAAAGAAAGAACAAGAGCCAGAGCCUGAAAAGCCACGGGAAGAAGUUUCUAGUAGACAAAAAAAGGGCUGCUUAAAGGUAAAAUCAAGUAAAGAAGAAUCGUCAGUGACAUCAGAAGAGUAUAACUUUGAGGAAUCAAAAUUUGCAGACACCGAUAUCCCAACAAUUGUUUGUUCUUAUGAGGAUAAGGAAGACUUGGAAGCUGGUAAUCAAAAUGUAAAGGAUGGAAACAGGAAGCAUGAUGAACAUAAUGAGGAGGGACUAGAGUUGAUGAUAAAUCAACACUUAAUAAGAACCAGAAGUGCUGCUUCCAGGGAUGGAAAGGAUACAUUUGCAUCAGAUCCAGUCAAUUUCCCAAAUAAGGCUGAGGGGUUAGAGAAGAAGAAAAUCCAUGGUGAACUCUGCACUGAUUCAUUCGAAAGGCCUUCAUCAGUAGAAAGCUCCUUAAAAGGAGAUUCUUACCACAGUGAGAAACAUUCCUCAAGAAAUGAACAUGGUCAUCAACUUUCAGAGGAUGCGACUUCAGAUAUGCAAGAAAUCCAACCAGCGCUGGAAGGUACCAAUGCUGAUGAGUCAGUGCAAGUGCGCUUGGGUAGCGAGGAAGUCCUGGAUGACAGUGCUAAUCCUGCCCACAGGAGUGGCAGACUGAGAAUAUCUUGCUCCUCCCUGGAUCAACGAGUGGCUGGCGGUCUUAAUGAAAAUCAUGAAGGAGGAGCUAAGAAAAGUGACAUAAAGGAUCAAGAAUGUUUAAGUAGAGAUUUCCAUUCAGGUCUAUAUGAGUAUGUUGAACGACCAUCAGAAAAUGGAUCUUCAAAGCAAGAUUACGGCAAGGUGAAAGGUGACAAAGAACAGAGAGUGCACGUAGGUGUUAAUAAAAAACAAAGCAAAAAUUUUCAGUCAUCCUUGCAUGACCAAGAAAGAAAAUUGGGCUACUCUGAAGUAAGCAUGGAAGGGAUUGAAGCUAGGAAGAAAGACUUAGUAGAUCUGUUAAGAAAAGAUACCUCAAUCCCUGCCCAGGCAAUAGCAGUAGAUACAUCUCCUUCAUCAAGGACAGAUUUAAAUUGGGAAGAAACUACACUAACAGUUCUGGAGAGUGAUCACUCCACUGGUGAAGGCAUGAAUUCAGAAGAGAUAAUUACUAAAGUCCGUUCAUCAAAACACAGAAACGUUCUGAGAGAUGAUUAUCUUUUCCAAGUUGAAGAAAAAAAAUCAGAUUGGAUUAAUCCUGAAGAUCGGGGUAAAAACUCACAGCAUAAACAAGAUCAGAAUAGUCGAGAAAGCCAGGAAAAGGUAACAGGGAAUAAGGCAAAUAUAGCCGAGCAGAUCAGAGGACAAGCAGAUUGUGAAGACAUGUGUGGGGAAGGAGAUAACACGAGUUUGAGUGCUACUCCUACAGAAGAGCUGUUUACCUGCCAAAAAACGGAGUGUGAUGCACUGUAUUCUCUCACUGAUCAUGGUGUUACCGAGGAAGCACAAGCAGGUGCGGCUUAUAUAAUUAAGACAACAUCAGAAAGUACUCCAGAAAGCAUGUCUGCUAGCGAAAAAGCAAUAAUUGCUAAGCUACCUCAAGAGACAGCACGAUGUGACAGGCCCAUCGAGGUAAAAGAAACUGCGUUUGAUCCACAUGAAGGGAGAGAUGAUGAUUCACAUUAUAGCUUUUGUCAACGAGAUACUGCAGGUGUGAUCUAUGACAAUGAAUUUGAGAAGGAAUCACACUCAGAUAUUUGUAAUGUACGUGCAGAGGAAAUAGAGAAGGAGCGAUCCAUGCAUAUGUACAGUCCUGGCGAGACACAUGACAGGGAGAAAUUCGGUGCUGGAAAUACAACAUCUGCAGAAGAAUCUUCCCAGGUCAUUACAAGCAAUCAAAAGGAAACCUCAAACUUGGAUUCACACUUGGAAGUGUUAUCAACAGGCGAAAGAACAUUUGCAGAAAACAGCAAUCUUGGGCAUGUGCAAAAAUUAUCAAAGAAAGCAGACCUAGAAGCUGCUGUCCAUUCUGCUUUUAACUCAGGUGCUAACAGAGCUUCGCAGAACGGCCCUCACAUUUCCGGUCACCAUUUAAAAACUUCAGCGCCUGCUCACGAACAGGCUGUAGAGAAUACAGUCACCACCAUAAAUCUCCAAUCGACUUCAGCUGAAUCGGAAAAUAAUUGUGCCACAAGUGAAGUUCAGGGUCACCUUGGGUCUAAGCCCAAAGAAGCUUCCCCAAGUUCAGGAAGGUCAUCAGGUUGUGGAGAAGAAAGACGUGCGGGGCGGGUUUCCCAACCAGGAGAACGCAGUGUGGAGAAAUCUGCAGGGCCAAUGAUUUUAAUCAGCGAACCUCCUGAGAAUACGGAAGAAGCAAGGCAGGAAAACGAAGGAUUACUGAGCUCUGGACGUUCACAGUAUCCUUCAGGUGAGCAAGCAUCUGAGAGCUCUACUUCGGCUAGUUUCCCCGUCCAGGAGAGUGAAGCUCAGAGCAAUGAGUCUCUGUUUUCAAAAUAUGCCAACUCUAAAAUACCUUAUUUUCUUCUAUUUCUGAUAUUUCUUGUAACCAUCUAUCAGUACGACCUAAUGAUAGGCUUGGCAUUCUACAUUUUUUCAUUGUACUGGUUGUACUGGGAAGAGGGGAGGCAAAGAGAAUCUGUCCAAAAGAAGUAACCUUGGCGCUCUUACUAAUCUUUCUUAAAAGAUAAGCUAUUUAGCCCCAACAAUUUGGAUUGGUGAAAGAGACUAUUCAUUGUUCAAAGAGCCAGCGCAGUUUUUCUCUUGAAGGAUCAUUUACAAAGGAAUGCGUAUGAAGUUUGCUCCUUCAUAUAAGUAAUUAUUCUAUAUAGGACCAUUAUGUUUGGAUCAUUAAAUACCUAUAUGAAUAUGAGAUCUGAAGCACGUCAAGUUGAAAUUAGGUACAGCUGUUGCUCCUUAGCAGGCUAUGAAGUUGCAAUGCUUCACGUCUCUUCACUACUUAAAGAGCUAUUUCUUGCAUUCAUUUCUUUCACAGGAAAGCUUCAUUUUUUUUCCCGUGAGCACUUUUCCCCCUGUGGUUUUUAAAAAUAGAUAAAGCAUGGACGAUGGCAAAAGGUUUUUUUUUUUUCAUUCUUUGGAAUUGCCCAUGAAAUUUCCAUUUACCACUGUAACAUAUUAACAGUAUUUCAUACUUCAACUUCUAUUUCAUACUUUUUAAAAACCAAUAGAAAUAUAUAAACUUAAAUUGAAGAAACACAUUACGUUCACUUGAAUCAUACCUUAUACACAUGUAUCUUUUACCUACCAAACCAGAACAUUAAACAUAAACCAAAUUUGACAAACACUAAGGCAAAUGGGAAAUUAAUUUCUAACUAGACAAAAUUGUGUGAGUGGUCUGUCUUUGAGCAAUAUUUUUGUCUUGUAAAGGGAGACUGCAACACAGCUGAAAAAUUUCAAUAUCAACUAUUACUGAGGGUUGAAAAUUUAAAUUAAAAGUUCCACAAGCAUUGUUUCACAGUGACUUUGUAUCUAUAAAGUAUAAGGCAUUAACUGAUAAUAAUAAAAAAGAUAUCCAAAUGAACCAUUUGCUCUAUGUGGUAGUAUUUUUAUCCCCAAAUGAAGCUUUAAUCUUUUCCUCAUGGUAAGACAGUAGAGAGUCCUGCAAAAUGAACUUAGUGAGCAAACUCCUAGUCUUUGGUGAUAAUCACUAUAUGAUUAUCCAGUUAUGAAAUGAUCACUCAAAAUUUUAGUAGCUAAAUCAAUGUGUGGAAAUCUAUUGAAAAAUAAUUAAAGAAUUGAAGAAUAAUAAUUAUGGCUAAAGGCGUGAAAUAAUAGAAAUAAUCAUUAGGAAGGAAUAGUGCACAAAUUUAUACACAAUUUAUUUCAACUAUAUAUAGAAGGCUGUAGCAGGCAGAAUGGUGUGCUCUGUGCUUGGUGUAGUAUUUCCUUUGAUAGUUUGCAAGCUGCUUCUGGGAAUAGGGAUGAUCCUUUCUGCUGAAGCAUUAUAAGAAUAUCACACAGAAGGAGCCUGUUUGAAUGAUUCUUUUUUCAUAGCAAUUUAUUUAAUAAAACAUCUAACAUUGAUCUUCAGAGUUAAAGAAUAGAGUCCAUUUCCUGUGAAGUAAAUUCAGAAGGUAGUUUGUACACACAUCGCCCCACAAAGAGGUGUACAGUUAUGAAAAGAUAAAAUAAGAAUGACACAUUUAAACUGACUUUCAUUUGCUAGUCAACGAUUUCCUUGUCAUUAGCUAUACAACUGUUCCCUAAUCCACUCACUGCAAGGUACUCUCAAGUAUCGUUGAAAGUGAGUGCUUAGCUUUACCUCUUUAGCUGACCAAAUAUAAAUAUCUUGAAGUGGAACUUAGAACGAAUAUUUGAUUUUUUGGAAAAGCACGUUUCCAUUAAGUAGUAGUAGAAUACUGUGAAGCAGUACUUAGAAAUUAUCUCUAAAAUUGCUGUUCUGAUAAUUUUAUUGACAAUUCUAUAUAACAGUGGAAUCAAGUUUAGUAUUUCUUAUUUCUUCUACUUUUUUAAGAGUUUUAGUCAAUAUUUCUAUCACACUAAUGCAAUGAAUACCGCACUACUUUGUGAACACAGGUGACCAAACAAAUUAUUCCCAUAAAAGAACAAUAUAACUUUUAAAAAUAUUUUAAUAUGACUUUUGGUAAAAGACCUUCCAAUCCUUUGCAUAUAUUUAUAACAAGAAGAAUAAGAAAUUUCAAAAGAUUUAAAAUAUUAUAUUGUGUGGGGUUUUUUUGCAUGCAGUGAAGAAAGAAUUGAUGAUAAAACUUAUUUUAAAAAAUACUAAUAUGGAAAUUUAGAUGAAGUCAUAUAAACUUGAGAAAUUAUUGCUGGAUGAAGACAUAGCAUUUUGUAACCUGUUUUGGUCACUUCAUUGAGUUGGGCAAGAGAAGAAAAUCUCAGGAAGAACAGCAUAAAGGAUUGGCUCAUGCGUAUUUGGCCCUGAGUUAUUUUGUUAGAGGUCAUCAUUUGUUAGUUUAGGCAUAGCUACCUAAACUAUAUGUCACCGUAUUCAGUUUAGGACCAAAAAAGCAAGUUGUAGGGGAGCUGACAGAAGUGCAUGACAAAUCUCAUCCAUAAAUUGAGUGAAAACCCAAAAUAAGAACAUCGUUUUGAUCAUCUUGAGGUUUUAUUAGAAAGAAAACCCUAAAAAUUAGUUGGUAGUAAAAAGACUUACCUUUUAAAAAUUCACAUCUGUGUAAACUAUUGGUGUGACAAGUGAUUACUCAACCAGCAGGAAAAGAACAUUAAGAUGGCCCUGACCCUUCGAUAGUGAUGAAAAUUGUGUGAAUGGAACCACAUUAUCAGGAUGAGAGUCAAUAUUUGGAUGGGGGAUUAUUUCAUGGAAUAUUAAUAUUUAUAUCCUUAAUGCCAUAUUUUGAAAGAAACAGAAUUACUUGUCAUUUUAAACUGGUCUUGUAGUUAAAUGGAAAAUUUAAACAUAUCCAGUCCAUUUUGGGGAAAGAACUAUUUUGUUUUUUUUUUUCCUCAAAAGCAUUCAUAGUGUUCUCUUAAUAAUAUAUUUUCCAGUACUGAAUAUUAUCUCACAUCCAAAAGUCUUUUGUCUUGUUUCUUAGGCUUCUUAUUUGCACAUACUUAAGCUAAAAAGGCAAACAAAGCCCCCCCUGCAAAAAAAAAAAAAAAAACACCCUCCCAGAACUAGUAAAGACGUAGGUAGGCCCAUCUACUGAAUUCUUGUAUAGCAUUUGACUUCUCAGUUUUCACUGAAUGAAUAUGGAAAUUGAAAUAUGCAAUAGGGAUCUUCUAUUGUCAUUUGAAUCCUGUCUUGGCCCAUUUCUGUGGAGCUGAGAAAGAAGACUGAUUUAAAUUCUGCAACAAGGUUUAAAGUCACCAUAACAGGCCAUGUCCUCCAGAUAGUGCCAUGGCCAGGUACCUAUAGGGGAAGAACGACUAAAACAUUAUUUUUAGUUAUUUCACUAAAUUCCUAUACCUUUUUUACAUUUCAGGAAAAAAUAAUAAAAAUCCAGACAUCAUAAUUUACUUUGUCUUUUAAAAAUAGAGUUAGCCAUUGGUCUGAUAUGUCUGUCAGCUUCUCAAAAUCUUUUCAAAAAAUUUUCACUGGGUUUUCAAUGUACACAUAUUUUAUAAGAAAAGUCUUUAUUGUAGUGUGGUAAAGCUUUAUUAAACAAAAAAUUCUUUGAACAGUACAGGUUUUCAUUUUACAUCAUUUCUAUACUUGUUAAAUACAUACAUAGUACAUUCACUUUUUAAUAUGAAACAGUACUUUGUGUGAAAAUUGAAUUAAAAAUCCUUAAACCUUGUUUUCUGAUGUACCCACUUCAUUAUAUUCAUGAUAAUACAGAGAGAGAGACAUGGAUCCCUCAAGAGUGGAUUGGGAAGAAAGCAUUUGUAUUUGGUUGUGAGGUCUCUAAGAUCUGAUAUUGUAGCGGAUUAAAUGCCUCAUUAAACUUCUCUUCUUGGUUGAAA